AUGAAGAAGGUAUCAGCUGGGCCGCCUCGGCCAAGCGCCCCGACUGUGGUCGCCCCCAGGGUACCGGCCCCUUCCCUCGCCAGACCAGCGGCCGUGGCCUCUACCGCGGCCCCAUCAUCAACCGUGGCCCCAGCUCCAAGGGCGACGCCUGUGGUGGGGGGUCGCAAGACGCUAGCGCAUAGGACCGUGCCGGCCUCCCCAACCUCUCGACCAUCCACUGCUGCUGCCUCGGGUCGCAAAAGGAGCCGAGAGGCGUCGGGUACUGAGGUCGCACCGGCCCAGAGUGCCGCGGCCGAGAUGGCGGCCGUGCAACGGCCGAGGAAGAGGACCCUCUUUACCUCCCCGGAGGGCAGAAGUGAAGAGGAGGCUCCCUCUGUGACUGUGAGUGAGGCCCCCCCUGCGAUCGACGUGGUAAUAGUCGAGGAGGAGACUACGGUCGAGGUGCCGUCCACAACGGAAACGGCUGAUGUCCACACGGUGGUCGAGGAAGUGGGAGCCGCAGGGGCAACGGUUGAGGAGGCGGCCGCUGCCGACAAAGGGGCUGAGGCGCAAGAUGCUGAGAUGGCGCCCGCAGAGGUGCCGUCCGCCGAGGAGGCUGCAGAGGGGGCGACCGAAGAGAUCGCCGAGGAAGUCGCCGAAGAGGCCGCAGAGGGAUCUACCGAAGCCGUCCACAACGGAAACGGCUGA